AUGAAUGAAGAGAAGAGGAGGGAGUGGGAGAGGAUGAAGGAGGAAAGAGAGAGAGAAAGGUUGGAGAGACAGAAAGAAAUGGAAGACAUGARGAAUGAACUACAGGAGAAGCAAGAAAGAGAAAUCAAAGAACAAAAACAGCGUCUGCAGUCCCAGUUUGAAGAGAAAGCUCGAGUYAAAGCUGAGAAAUUCUGUUUAUUGUUUCUUUUCCCAGGAUCCACCCUGACAAACAACAAUGAGGUGAGGAUCGUGAUGGUGGGGAAGACUGGGACAGGGAAGAGCGCCACCGGGAACACCAUUCUGGGUCGAGAGUGCUUCCAGUCCAAGUGCAGUCCCAAGUCUCUGACUGUGUUCUGCACUAAAGGCCACGCUGAGAUCAGUCAGCAACAAGUCGCCGUCAUCGACACCCCGGGGUUUUUCGACACCAGGCACGACAAGGACAAAACAACCAAAGAUCUGGGCCAGUGCAUCAAAUAUGCUGCUCCUGGACCCCACAUCUUCCUGGUGAUCAUCUCACUGACCAGAUUCACCGAGGAGGAGAAGCAGACGGUGCAAAAGAUCCAGGAAGUGUUUGGACAGGCUGCAGACAGUCCAGAUCUACAGGAGCUCGUGGCCAGAUGUAAUGGUCAGUACCACGUCUUCAACAACAAGCUGAAAGGUGAAAACUCUCAGGUUGCCGAUCUCCUCCAGAAGAUCAGAGACAUCGUCCAGAAGAACGGAGGAAGCCACUACACCAACGAUAUGUUCCAGGAGGCUGAGAGGGCGAUCGAAGAGCAGAAACAACGAAUCCUGAAAGAGAAAGAGGAGAAAAUACGCAGAGAGAAAGAAGAACUGGAGAGAAGGAUAGAGGCCAAAUAUGCAACAGAAAUGCAGAAAAUACAACAGAUCCUCCAGGCUGAGAGAGAGAGGGAGAGGAAGGAGAGAGAGGAGGUGAGGAAGAAGGACAGGGAGGAGAUGAGGAGGGAGAGGGAGUGUUUGGAUGAAGAGAGAAAGAGGGAGUGGCAGAGAAUCGAUGAAGAGAAGCAGAGAGAAAGAGAAAACAGCCAAAAGCAGAUGAUGGAGAUGUUGAAUUGCUUACAGGAACAGAGAGAACGAGACCUCAGAGAGCAACAAGAAAAGCUGAAGAGAUAUUAUGAAGAGAAAGCCAGAAAAGAAGCUGAAGAGGGAAGCUGGUGUACCAUUCUGUGA